AGUGAGUCGCGGGCGCUUCGCGAAGUCCCAGUUCCGCUGUACGCAGCCUUUCCGAGGCCGGCCCCAUGACCCUGAACCGCGGCGACAAGUUGAGGUACCUGGACAAGCGGCGCGGCAGCAUGCCCUUCGCCAUGCACCAGCAGCAGCAGCAGCACCUGCACCGGCGGAGCAUGCCGGUGGACGAGCGGGAGCUGCAGGCCUCGCUGCCGCCGUCGCCCCGCGGGGAGCUCUCCAGCCUGGUGCGCUGCACCUCCUACAGCCCGGGCGAGGAGGAGGCGAACCGGCAGGGCUGGGCGUCCGACGGCUCCUCCGACUCCGUCAUCUCCUCGGGCAGCGACUCGGACAUCAAUCUCUACAAAGUCAUCCUGCUGGGCGAGCACGGCGUGGGCAAGACCAGCCUGGCCCGCAUCUUCGGCGGCGUCGAGGAUUGCCCCGAUGCGGAAGAGGCCGGCAAUACAUAUGACAGAUCUAUUAUAGUGGAUGGCGAAGAGGCCUCUCUUGUGGUGUUUGACAUAUGGGAGCAGGAUGAUAGCCAAUGGCUUCAAAACCACUGUAUGAAAAUGGGGGAUGCUUAUAUUAUCGUGUACUCAGUGACGGACAAAGUGAGCUUUGAGAAAGCUUCUGAGCUGAGAAUCCAGCUACGAAGGGCGAGGCAAACGGAAGACAUCCCCAUCAUUCUUGUAGGAAACAAAAGCGACCUGGUCCGAUCACGGGAAGUCUCCGUGGACGAGGGACGGGCCUGUGCCGUCGUCUUUGACUGUAAGUUCAUCGAGACCUCGGCCGCUCUGCAUCACAACGUCAAGGACCUCUUCGAGGGCAUCAUUCGGCAAAUCCGUCUCCGCAAAGACAGCAAAGAAGACAACGCCCGACGGAUGGCCAACACCAAGAGAAGGGAGAGCAUCAGUAAGAAGGCGAAGCGGUUCCUUGGCAGAAUUGUGGCAAAGAACAAUAAGAAGAUGGCGUUUAAGGCCAAAUCCAAGUCCUGCCACGACUUGUCAGUGCUUUAAAAAUGGCUCUCCGCCAGACCAGACGCUGCGAGUGUGUGGGUUGUGAACGUGUCUUUGACUGUUAAGAGUGAGGGGUGGGGA